GCGACUCAUUCUUGAAUCACCUAGAAAAGUGAUAUUUGCACAGGUUCAGUAAUAUUUUUCUCGCAGUCGUGCUGCCACUAGAAGGAAGGAGAGGCUCUUACGACAGUUCUGGAGGGAUCUUAAUAGACAUGGUUUAGUUGUAGGUUUAGAUUGUACAACAACAAACACACUGCAAGAGAAAGUGUGAUCAUGGUGGCUGACCGGCACACGACGAGUUCUAGUUCGGACUCUGGUCCAAAACGGCUUUGGUCCCCCGUGCGAAGGACUGCGACGGGGGCAAACAAGCACCGAGCACCGGCAGACUUGAAGAAGAUCAAAAUCGCGAUCCUCGGCGAUUCGCUGACGGGAAAGAGCGCUUUGUGCAGUUACUUUGCGGAGAGAAAUGGAUCCAAUUUGCAGAAGCACUACUUCAACAUUAACUCGGCCAUGGGGGCGGCAUUCAAGGCGCGCACAAUAGGGGUAGACCUGUGCGCUUUUCAGGUGGACAAAGACCAAGUCCGCAAUGCGCGGAACGGCGGGGGUCGGACGAGUACGGGCGGGGGUGCGGAGGGACCGUCCCGUUUUCUACAGGUGAACAUUUGGGACCUGGGGGGAGGCCACGACUUUGGCGAAAUCCGGACGGAAUUCUACAAGGAGGCUCAGCUGAUCGUCUUGGUGUGCGACGCAACAGACCGUCGGUCCCAGCUCAAUCUGGAGAAAUGGCGACAGGAGGUACUCGCGUCCGGAGCGGACAGCGGAAGCUACUCGGUUUGCGUUGUCGCAAACAAGUGCGAAGAGCUACAAGGCCCGAUAGCCACUGCAAGCGCAGUUACCGACGCGAAGCAGUUCGCCGCUCAGCACCGCAUGCCGAUUUUCGAGGUGUCCGCGGUAAAAGGCACCAACAUGAGCAUGCUCUUGGAAUACUUCAUCCAACAGUGCGGAUAAGGCACCACGGGCGUAGUUGCGUUCGGCAGUGUUAGUUAUAGUUUCUUCAUGCGCUGGAGGGAAAAUAAACGAGGAUAGAAAGGACGUUCAUCAGAAGCACUAAAUGAAACUUCUACUUGACCACGUCUCGCGUUCGUUUCCCUCCCCGUUUCAACAUGCAGUCUAAACCGCGUUUCGAUUUUCAAUUUAUCUGAAAGCUCUUCAAGCUUUUUAU